GCUUCUCACAAUAUCGGCUCGUAGUGCGUCUGUCUUGGUCUUGGCUGUUCGGAAAGAUUUAACAAACGUGAUUGUAAUGGAGGUGAAGGACCUUGAUGCAUGGGUAGAACAACUAAAUAACUGCCAGCAGCUAUCAGAGCAACAAGUCAAGAACUUGACAGACAAGGCAAAAGAAAUUUUGACAAAAGAAUCAAAUGUUCAAGAAGUAAAAUGUCCAGUCACUGUGUGUGGGGAUGUUCAUGGGCAGUUUCACGAUUUGAUGGAACUUUUCAAAAUAGGUGGUAAAUCUCCAGAUACAAAUUACCUCUUUAUGGGCGACUAUGUAGACAGAGGCUACUAUUCAGUGGAAACGGUCACUUUGCUUGUUGCUUUAAAGGUCAGAUUUCCGCAUAGAGUAACAAUUCUACGAGGUAAUCAUGAAAGUCGACAGAUCACUCAGGUGUAUGGAUUCUAUGAUGAAUGCUUAAGAAAAUAUGGAAAUGCAAAUGUUUGGAAGUAUUUUACAGAUCUUUUCGAUUAUCUCCCGUUAACAGCUCUAGUAGAUGGACAGAUCUUCUGUUUACAUGGUGGCUUAUCUCCUUCCAUUGAUACCUUAGACCAUAUUAGAGCUUUAGACAGGCUUCAAGAAGUUCCUCAUGAGGGUCCGAUGUGCGAUCUGCUUUGGAGUGAUCCUGAUGACCGAGGUGGCUGGGGUAUCUCCCCGCGUGGUGCGGGUUACACGUUUGGGCAAGACAUUUCAGAAACCUUCAACCACACGAAUGGCUUAACAUUGAUUGCAAGAGCUCACCAGCUCGUGAUGGAGGGGUACAACUGGUGUCACGACCGAAAUGUAGUGACGAUAUUUUCUGCUCCAAACUACUGCUACAGAUGUGGAAACCAGGCAGCAAUAAUGGAGCUUGAUGAUGCACUCAAGUAUUCCUUCCUUCCAUUUGAUCCGGCGCCGAGAAGAGGCGAGCCUCAUGUGACAAGGCGAACACCAGACUACUUUCUUUAGUAACCAGUUUAUCUUUGAUUUAAAAAAGGUGAUCUGUAUCUCGGUUUAUCUCAUUGGAGCGUGAAACUAUUCACCGCAGUAUCUGUUAUUAAUGCUGUUUCAAGAGCCUUUACAACUUUUAUCGGAUUGUAGUAAGAUGUAACGAAAAGAAGCCAUUCACACGAUUGCGUGGAAAGGUGCACCCUUCCAAGCAUGCUAGAUAUUCGCCGUAUCCAUUCCACACUUGCCCAAAAAAAUUAUCAGAUAUAUUUCUACUUUUUUAUUUUGAGUUUGUAUUUCACGCUCAUUGCCUUAAAAGAAUAUUUUCGUUUUAACUCAAUCUAUUUUGAAAGCAAAUCUGCUUGGUUAAAUAGAGCAUGGUUAAAUAAAGCCAUUUGGUAUAAAGAGACUUGAUCAUAACUCUUUGCAUUGUAUUUUUUAUUCCUUAGAAAUGAGGCUUGAAGUUGAUUGGGUCCACUUUUCUAUGUUGUGAAUGGUGCAAAUCUAAUUUGUUCUAAUCAACAUAUUUUAUUCUUCCUAUGAUCAAAUAACUUACUGUCGUAUCUGGUAUGUUUCAAUUUUUCAUGUAUCAAUUAAUGAAAUAUCUUGAUUCA